AUGGCCUCAUUUAAAUUGGUCACUGGAGACCUUAUUCGCCUUAUUGAGACCCCUCAUGAAAAACAACAGGAUGUACUUGGUAACAUGGGCGGCCUUGAAGGCAUUGCUGCGUCGCUCCAUGUUGAUCUACGCCAGGGACUGGAUUCGAACAACGAUGCUGAUCUUCUCCAUCGCGAAGAGUCUUUUGGCAAGAACUACGUGGCACCACCUCGAGCCAAAAGUUUUUUCGAACUCAUGUGGGACGCUUUUCAGGACAUUACUAUCAUUGUGUUGACCAUUUCAGGUUUCAUAUCGAUCAUCCUGUCUUCAACAGUGGGUGAUCAUCCCGAGACUGGUUGGGUUGAGGGAGCUUGUAUUAUUCUAGCUGUUGUGGUUGUCACAAUUGUCACGGCCAUGAACGAUUACCAGAAGGAGGCGCAGUUCCGUGCAUUAAACGCUAUCAAGGAGGAUGAGAAGAUUAAAGUGAUUCGCAAUGGCCAGCCCACUGAGAUUAGUAAGUGGAGCCUUGUGGUUGGUGAAAUUGUUCGGGUUGACCUAGGUGAUAUUAUUCCGGCUGACGGAAUCGUCUUUGACGCGAAAGAGGUAAAGAUGGAUGAAAGUGCCAUGACUGGCGAGUCUGACCUAAUGCCGAAGAAUGCCGAGAACCCGUUUUUGCUCUCUGGUACUAAGGUCAUGGAGGGUGUUGGCAAGAUGCUGGUGAUAUGUGUAGGUGAGAACUCGCAAGCUGGCAUAAUCAAGAGUCUGAUUAACGGUAACCGGCCCGGUGCUGCUGCCGGUGGGGGCGGUAGCAAGGCUGUGGAUAAGAACGAAAAGAAAGCAGGCUCGGAUGAACAGAUUUAUGUCGAGAUUGAGACUCCUAAGGUGGGUGCUGCUAUUGAGGACGAGAACACAAAGAGUGGUGAAGAAGACGAUGAAAGUCAAUCUCCAUUAGAAGGAAAGUUGUACAACUUGACUGUGCUCAUCGGGAAGUUGGGUACGCUUGUUGCUCUUUUGGUUUUCGUUGUCAUGUCGAUCCGUUUCUCGAUUGAUACAUUUAUAAAUGAUGACAAGCCAUGGAAGAGUGGCUACAUUAGCGACUACCUAAACUUCUUCAUUAUCGCUAUCACCGUGCUCGUGGUAGCCAUCCCCGAGGGCCUUCCGCUCGCUGUGACCAUUGCACUUGCCUAUUCUGUGAAGAAGAUGCUUGUGGAUAACAACCUCGUGCGCCACCUGGACGCCUGUGAGACUAUGGGCAGUGCCACGACAGUGUGCUCCGAUAAAACUGGCACGUUGACAACGAAUCGUAUGACCGUGAUGCAGUUGUGGAUUGGAGGCCAGGAGUUUUUCUCUGCUUCAGUGGGUGUCGGUGCGUUAUCGGAUUCGACGAAAGAGGCGUUCUGCACGGGUAUUGCUGUGAACUCGACGGCUGAGAUUCUGCCUUCUAGGAUGGAGAAUGGGCAGCCUGAGCACACCGGUAACAAGACCGAGUGCGCCUUGCUGCAGUAUAUUCGUGACGGCGGUGUGGAGUACCCGGAUCUUCGCAUGAACAACGAAGUUGUGCACAUGCUGACAUUUAGCAGUGCGAAGAAGCGCAUGUCGGUGGUAGUGCGUCGCAGCGCGACGACAUGUCGCGUGUACACGAAGGGUGCAACGGAGGUGGUGCUUGGUCUGUGCCAGGAUAUGCAGAACGUGAACGGUUCGAUUGUGGGUCUUGACGAGGCUACUAAGGCGAAGAUUGCCGAUGAGGUGAUUGAGAAGUACGCGUCGCAGGCGUACCGUACGUUGUGCUUGGCUUACCGCGAUUUGGAUGUACCGGCAGAGGACACAGCUAACUGGACGGAUGACGACUUGGAGAAGAACUUGACUUGUGUGGCCAUUGUAGGCAUUGAAGAUCCUGUUCGUCCGGAGGUGCCUGACGCCAUCAAGAUGUGCGCCACUGCUGGUAUCACUGUGCGCAUGGUGACGGGCGACAACAUCACGACUGCUCGAUCGAUUGCUAGCAAAUGCGGUAUCACGAAGCCUGGUGAUGGUUCGUUGAUUAUGGACGGUCUGACGUUCCGCACCCGUGUGCUAGACGCGCAAGGCAACAUUAUCCAGUCCGAGUUUGAUAAGAUUUGGCCUAUGCUACGCGUGCUCGCCCGUUCGUCGCCGAAAGAUAAAUAUACGCUGGUAUCUGGGUUGAUGCAAAGCAAUGUUUCACCACACGGCCCUCAGGUGGUUGCUGUGACUGGUGACGGCACGAAUGACGCUCCUGCUCUGAAGAAGGCGAACGUAGGUUUUGCUAUGGGUAUCAGCGGCACGGCCGUUGCUAAAGACGCGUCGGACAUUAUUUUGAUGGACGAUAAUUUCAACUCGAUUGUGAACGCUAUCAAGUGGGGACGUAAUGUGUACGAUUCGAUCGCCAAAUUCCUGCAAUUCCAGCUGACUGUGAAUGUGGUUGCCAUUGCCUUGGCGUUUAUUGGCGCGGUUGUGCUGGAGCAGUCUCCUCUGUCGGCUGUGCAGAUGCUUUGGGUGAACUUGAUUAUGGAUUCGUUUGCAUCGCUUGCCCUUGCGACUGAGGAGCCGACCCCGCAGUUGCUGGAGCGUAAGCCGUACCCAAAGACUGAGCCGUUGAUCUCAAAAAAGAUGACUAAGCACAUCCUUGGCCAGUCGGCUUACCAGCUCGUCCUGCUACUGGCAAUUGUGUUCACUGGCGAGAAGUGGUUUAACAUUCCAUCGGGCCGUUUUACCGACCUUACCGACGAUAUGGAAGAUGACCCGACGCAGCACAUGACAAUCGUGUUCAACACGUUUGUGUGGGCGCAGCUAUUUAACGAGCUUAAUGCCCGUAAGAUCCAUGAUGAGAUCAAUAUUUUUGCGGGAAUUACGAGGAACCGUGUGUUCCUAUGGGUAUGUCUCCUACAGGCUGCUAUGCAGUAUGUGAUGGUUCAGCACACUGGCGACUGGUUCAAGUGCAAACCACUUGAGUUGAACCAGUGGCUUGCUUGCAUUGGAAUGGGCUUUGUGUCACUUCCGCUUGGUUUGGUGCUGCGCAUGAUUCCUAUGACGAACGCUCCAAGCUGGAUGGCGAUCUGCCGCGAGGCUGAUACGGAUGAGGUGCGUGAAAUUACAUCUGGUCGUGGCCAGGCACUUUGGGCUCGUGGCUUUGCUCGCGUUUGCGCUCAGAUUCGCGUCGUGAAGGCUUUUCAGAAGGGAAUCCAGUCCAAGGCUCUCAUCAAAGGGCCGAAAUACUUCGCUAUCGCUUGUAACCGCAUUUUCAGUCAGUUGUUGCAGUUUCUUCAUAAGCCUCGUGUGACUUCGUCUUGCCUGCAACACGCCACUUCUUUGUUGCACCCCGUCCAGUUUUGA